AUGCGGGGCGAUAAGGUAGUCCAAUUGGUGAAGCGGAUGGCGGACGCGGGCAGGAAACGCGUGUUGCUGGCCGAUUUCCCGAAAUUGCCGCUGGAUGAUGGGUUGUUGAAGAAGUUGCAUGAAGAUUCGGUCGACUGGGCACAUGCGAACGGUUUGGUGAUGAGAACGCGCGAGGCGAAAGAUCGAAGUGAUAUCUGCAUGUCGGCGCCAUUCUCCCUUCUGCCAUCGCCAUUCCCUCGAGAGCUGUUCGCCCACGCUGAAAAAGUUCAAAAUGAUAUAGCCCGACUUUACUUGGGUCUGGCUCACGAGCGUGAUUUUCUCAUCAAAUGCCAUGAAGCCGUUGUGAAAACCGAUGAAUUCACCGGCAAAAUGGUUGAAAUCUACAAGAAAGUCUUGGAUGGAGGCCUCGCCCAAACGUUUACCCUGGCAAUCCAGCGAUCUGACUACAUGGCGCACAAGGAUACGUUUAGCAAGGAGCUGACGCUGAAGCAGAUUGAAGUCAACAAUAUUGCGUCCAGUAUGGGAGGGCAUGCCGAAAGAGUGACGAAAUUGCACAGGCGACACCUCGCUGAACUCGGGUACACGGAGCAAGAAAUCGAAUCAGCAUGCCCCAGAAAUGAACCGAUUGCCAUGAUUGGAGAAGCACUAUUUACAGCAUGGAAAACCUAUGGCAAAAGCGAUGCAGGCAUCCUAGUAGUCGUCGAAAACGUGAACCAAAAUCAACUCGACCAACGCCAUGUCGAAUACGAGCUCGAAAAGCUCGGGAUCGGCUCGUCGCUGGUGCAUCGUCGAAAUCUGACGCAGUGCCAUGAAACGCUCGCACUCGAUUCUGAAAAGCGUUUGAUGCUCGAUCAGAAGCAUGAGAUAUCAGUCGUCUAUUUUCGAGCGGGUUAUUCGCCCGACCACUAUCCCACUGAUGCUGAAUGGGAUGCUCGACUGCUGAUGGAACAAUCUGCUGCUAUCAAAACGCCAUGGAUCGGCCUCCAGCUGGCCAACACCAAGAAAGUGCAACAGGUACUCGCUGAAGAUGGCGUGCUCGAGAGAUUUACACCCAAUCCUCGAACUGCCGCCGCUAUCCGCAGCACGUUCGCCGGGCUGUGGGCCCUCGAAACCACCGAGCCGGCCAUCCUGAAAAUUAUUGCUCACGCCGAGAAGAGCCCCGAUCGCUACGUGCUCAAGCCACAGUUGGAGGGCGGCGCCGGGAACUAUUAUGGCGAUGAGAUAGCUGAAAAAUUAAAAACUCUUUCCGUCGAUGAAAAAGCUGCGCAUAUUUUGAUGGAAAAACUGGCCCCAGAAGUGGUGCAGAACUACCUCGUGCGAGCUGAGCAUCCAAUUGUGUUGGCUGAAUGUGUUGGUGAACUCGGCAUUUACGGAUAUGCCUACGCAGAGCUAGACGGUGAGGUCACGGCCCGAACCGGUGGCCAUAUUCUACGCAGCAAAGGCAAAGAUGUCAAUGAAGGAGGUGUUGCCGUCGGAGCCGCGGUCAUUGAUAGCCCCUUCUUGUACGAUAUGAUCUCCGACUCCGAUCGCACCCAA